CGUGCCGUGCGCAGAGAGGAAGGGGAUCCGGCAGCGACAGCUAGAGAGAGAGGGAGAGUCCGAGGGCCGCUGCGGAGGCAGAGCGGGGAGGGGGUAAAAAGACGACGAGACCCACAGCCCCCCUCCCCCCGUCCUCGGGGGAAGGGCCGCAGCGCCCGACCGGCGGCUCCUCUCAGGACGCGACCGUCCAGCUCACCCUUCCCCCAUCCUUACUCACCUCACUGCUUCGGCCAAUCAGCUGAGGGGGGGCCGCGAGGCAGCGGAGGGUGCCAGCCCGGCGGCCAAUCAGCGUUGGGGGCGCGCAGGACCCCUUGCCGCGAGCCUGAGCGAGGGGGGGCACGCGAGUUGCAGCACCCUCAACAGCCGGCGCUCUUAAAGGUACAGCUUUGAGGAGGGGGGGCGCAACGAGAAGAGGGGCCCUUUCAGACGGCGGACAACAACACCCCCUCCAGCUCCUGUCAAUGGAUUUAAAGGGAGCUCGGCCCUCUUAAAGGGGAGUUUUCCUCGGCCUUCAUUGUGGCUGGGAGGGAGGGGCGGCUCUUAAAGGUGGAAUUCGGAUUUCUCUGGACUUGGAAGGCUGGAGCCCUUAAAGGGGAGUUGGAGCCAGCGAGGGGAAAUACGUGGAGGGCUUUUGAAUCCCGACGGUUCGACGAGGAAUGGGAGGCCUGAGGAGGAAAAGACUUUCCAUCUAGGUGCUUAAAGGGGAGGCUUCCCUUGGCGAGAAAUGUGUGGUGGACAUUAAAUCGUGAUUUUUUUUUUCCUCCGGGAAGAGGGCAGCGGUUUUGAGAUUCUCGGAUCUGGAGUCUUAAAGGCAAAGCCUCAUCUUGUACUAGGGAGCCAGGACACCUUGUUCCUGUUGAAGGUUUGCAAAGAGGAAGUGACCUGGGCAAAGAAGGCCAAAUUUUGGAGGAAGAGAGGCUGCUGCAGAACUGCUGAUGGAAACCCUCAUCAUCAGAGGGGAGGAAGUGGCUGCUCUCUGAGCGGAAACCAUUUGCCAUUGUUGGCAGAAGUCACAUCUGCAGUCUUAAAGGGGAGGCUGUUUGAGUUCUUAAUUCCUCUUGUGGACAUUCAAGGCCUGAUUUCGAAAAAAGCAAGGUUGGGCACAGUUCCUUGUUUGGGUUUUUUAAAAAAAAUAGAUAGGCACUUAAAGUGGAAGUCUCCUUUGUUCUGCAAGAAGAUACAUGCCAAGAUCUGGAACUUGUUUAAGGGGGAUUUAGAAUGGACUCUUAAAGGCACAUAUCCCUCAACUCAGUAUAGUUGCUGGUGGGAUGUAAGAGUCCUUAUUCAAGGUGAGAGUACGCUAGUGUUUAGAAGAUUUUAAUUCGAGAUGGAAACAUGAUGUCCCAUAAUAAAGGAGGCUGGCUUUGCCAGAGGCUGAUUUCGUAUUAAAGCAGUCUCAAGUUGAUUCCUCAUUUUAAAACUUUUAUGUUGAAAGUAUUUAAUUCUUCUAUUUAAGGGUCUUCUCUUUAAGGGGAGGACAAAAAAAGAAAGCUGCAGUUCCUGUCACAGGGAAAUAAAAAGAGGUGCACUGGCUUGUGAAGUAAAGGUCCUUUUGAGAAGACUCCAUAAAUCUAAAUUGAAGAAACCUUCUGAAGAGGAAAGAACAAGAGGUCAAGGAAUUUCUGUUGGAGAAUUUAAAGUUCUUCCUUCAAAAGGAUAGCCUUGUCUUUUCAUCUGGUGCUCUGUUGACUGGCAUCUAUAGGAGAAAAAACCCCAUUAAGAGCAGCUGCAAUGCAACUGGCUGGUGAGGGGUGAAGGGUGUCCCCCCUUUGCCACAUCUGCCACAUCCAUAGGACACAACAUAACAAAUUCUCUGUACCUCAAGAGAGGCAUCAUGGAAGGAACAGCAGCAGCCCCUGCCCCAUGUUGGAGUGGAGGAGGAGGCAGCAGUGGUAGAGCCCGGAGGCAACGGCGUUGCUCACGGCGGGACCGUGAGAGUCGCUGCACUCGCCGCAGAGGGAGCCGUCCUGGGGAUGUUUCUCAUCGGGGACUUUCAUCGUCGUCAUCUUCAGGAUCGGAUAGUGAAGGCCCCUCCCCUCCUGCCCCUGUAGCACCUGGCAAAGCCCGUCCCUUGCAGCAGCAGCGCCGACGCCGGCGGCCCCUAAGGCGACGGAAGAGAGCCUCUGGAUCUUCCUGCAGUCGUGAGGAGGAGGAAGAGGAAGAGGAAGAAGAGGAUCUUAUUGAUGGCUUUGCUAUUGCCAGCUUUGUCAGCCUGGAGGCACUUGAGAAGGAUGCAACUCUGAAGACCCCAGAGCGGCUGGAGCUCCGUAUGAAGCAGUCUGGAAAAAGAAAGCGGGGUGAGGGGAACAACUCGGAGCCAGAAGACGAUGAUGGGAGUUCUGAAAAGGGUCGAAGCCGGGGCUGUGGAGGGGAGAGAGUGCUGAGAAAACGUAGCAAGAGGCGGCGUAAAGAGUCUUUCCAAUCCUUCCUGGAAACUGGAUAUAUAGCCUCCGUUGAUGACCUCGAACAGUCAUUCACUGUCUCAACCAGCAAAGCCUCGGGACCCAUUGGUGCAUUAAAUGGGAGCUGUGAAGCCAAACUCUCUGUGAUCCCUAAAGUCUCUGGCCUGGAGCGGAGCCAGGAACGUAACUACGAGGCUGACCGGGACCCCUUGUUAGUGCCUUUCCUGCCCAAGGAGCCCCCUUCUCAGGCAGCUGUGGCCCCUGUCCCAACUCAAGCCUUGCCCCCCAGUCCUCCUGCCCCACCUUCUGCAAGGACUCGGGCUCAGACGCCUAAUACUGUUCAUGGGACUCCCCAGCCUAAAGGCCAACCGCCUCCAAUGCCUCAGGGGGGAUCAGUCCCCCACAACCUCACGCAGAGCCAGCUGCACAUGAAGGUACCGCCCUUUGCCAGUCAGACGCAGGCACCUUUCACCGUUGGGCUGGACCUCAGCACCGGAGGGUGCAACCGUGGUGCAGCUCACCCCAAGCCCAUCCUUCCCCCGUGCUCUCCCUCUUCUUCUCAGCUCCCUCACCGCCCCUCCACCCCCUCGCUGGCCCUGCCUCCUCAUACCUUCCCAUCCUCCCUUCGCCCCCCUUCCCAUCACCACCCGGGUAUGUUCACCCCCUCACCUGGCCUCCCACCACCACCCCCGCUGCUUCAAGUUGCUGGGCACCCAGCUGCAGCUGCCGCCAUAUCUGAACAAGAAUUAAUCCGACAAGACUUGAGCUCGCGAUUCUUGGGGCAAGGUGGACCUGAGAUGGCAGCUGCUGCCAUCCGCCCACUAGCCUUCCAGUUCCACCAACACAACCACCAGCACCAGCACACCCACCAGCACACCCACCAGCACUUCACCCCUUUCCCCCCAGGCAUGGUGCCUGCGCCCAGUCCAGCCAUGUUUGAGAAAUACCCUGGCAAAAUGGAUGGGCUUCUGAGGCAUAAUUUUUAUGCCGCAUUUCCCCCAACCGUGUCGGGGAUCCCCCCGGUCCUGCCUCCCGCUGUGACUUUUGGCUCCUUGCAGGGGGCAUUCCAACCUAAGAGCACUAAUCCUGACCUGCCAUCCCGGCUGGGCGCUGUCCCACCCAGUUUGUCUCAGAAAGGUACUCAGCUCACGGAUCCCUUCAGGCCUACACUGAGAAAGCCCGGGAAGUGGUGCGCCAUGCAUGUCCGUGUGGCAUAUAUGAUCCUGCGGCACCAGGAGAAGAUGAAGGUAGGGUGGGCAUGUGCCGCCUCCCCCCUCCGCCUGCAUACCGUGAUGGGGAGUGGCGCAGCUCCUGCUGGUGGCCGCCAGAGGGUCGCUGCAAGCAAUGGAAGAGGCCUCUCCUCUUCUGCUCUUCUGAUGUCCAUGCCGGCCCCUGGAUGCAAGUCAGGGUUUGGUGAUGCCCCCAAAUUGGAUUUCCGGAAUGACCUCCUCACCUGCCUGCCGGGCACUGGAGCCUUCGGCAGCCUUCCCCAUAGUCAGGACUUGGCACGCCCUGCCACCCUCUUCACGACCUCUGGUGCAGUCCACCCAGGGAGUGGCUCAUCUUUUGGUCCUGCCAGCACACCUCAUGGUUCCUUCCUCAGCCCCAGUCCCCACAUCGAUCCCUUCGGCAGACCCCCCAGCUUUGCCUCUCUGGGAGCGCUCUCCAAUGGAGCGUUUGGGGGCCUGGGCAACCCAUCCUUCAAUCCAGCCUCUGUCUUUGGGCAAAAAGACAGCCCUGGGGCUCCAGCUUACCCCAGCCCCCAUGAAGCAUGGAACCGGCUGCACCGCACACCACCUUCCUUCCCCACUGCCCCACCCUGGCCCAAAGGUGGAACCGGAGACGGGGUGGAGCGUGGGGGCACCCAGCACGACAAGGAGAGCGAGAAGCCAGAAGGGCCUGUGAUCAAAGAUGAAAAGGACAGAGAUGCCCUCUUCUCCCGCCAUCCACUGCGUGCUUCCCCAGCUACUCCUACCCCAAAGAACCCAUCAUUGGCCCAUGAGGAGCCACCAGGCCGUCCUCAUGUGGCGGCAGAACGUGAGCACCGUUAUGGAAGUCCGGCAAGCUCAAGUCACACCUCCCGCUCACCAUAUCCAGAGCCACCACUGAAGAAAGAAGUGAAGGUGAAGGAAGAACCAGAGCUGACAGGAUUUGAGGGAGCACUGCGUGCAGGGGCUCCUUUCCACAGCACCCUCCAUGUCUCCCACCCUCUGGGGACACUGGCUGUGUUUGAGCGCCCCCAGGCUGGGACUGGUGGAAGUGUCUCCCCAUACUUGGUAGCUGGCCCACCUUCAGCUGCCUCCUACGCGGCGCUUGAAGCAUGGCGUGAACCCUACCACCGGGGCCUGGAGUUGCACCCGCUACAACGCCUGCCCCGCUUUCUGGAGACCCCAUCGCCUGCUGCCACUGCUGCUGAAGACUAUGAACGGGCCAGGAUCUAUGGCCUGCCACCCCCAACCCACCCCGGUCUUAUGGCUUAUCCUCGACACCAGAAUGGGCUGCUGGCAAAAGCCACCCCAUCAGCUGCAGCCGCCGCUGUGGGACUACUGAGUGCCCCCCCGCCUCUUAUCCCAGCUUCAAAUGCUCGGCCCUGUUCCCCUAGGCGUGCCCCUGACAUCCGGGAACUGGCAGCUGCCUACAAGGACCGGGACUCCAGAUAAUGGUGCUACAAUGGGGGCCCUGGAACAUGAGUACCUGCGCCAAGCAGCUUCCCUUGUCUCCAGCAUGGGCCCUGGCUAGAUAUGUAGACCCCCAUUUCACAUUAGCAGGGAUAGACGCAUGGCCUCCUGCCACCUUAGCCUGAAAGGCAGGCUGCUGCCACCACUGCUACCGCCCCGGAAGGACUUGGCUCCCUUCAGCUAUGAGCACUGGGAACCCCCUCCCUAGGUCAGACAAACGACUUAAGAAAAGUGGUCUCCUGGAAGGGUUGGUGGUGGUGGAUGAGUGGGGCAGGAAUCCUGGCUCGGGGUGCCCUUAGUCUUUGUUUCUGUUUUUCUUUCAAAGCUCCCUUUGCCCAGCUGUGGCAACUGUCAAAGAUUUGGUGUCUGCUUCCAGCAUUCCUGCUGGACUGAAAUUAACUUUGGGGUAUGUUCUCCCUCCCUCCAUGGACUGAGGGGAAGGCUGCUUUCAGGGGAAGGGGGACUGUAUCUUGGGGCACCUCCCCCCACCAGGCAGUGUAAAUAUUUAUAUAUUCUGCCCCAGGCAGGUGGGGAAGAGAUUUUUGUACAUUUAUAAAAGGUUUGAGAUUGUGAUUUUAAAAGUGACUUCUCCCUCUUCUCCUUCCCUACAGCUCCCCUUGUUUUUACUGUACUGCUCUUUUCUAUACCUGUAUCCAAUCCUUUCUCCUCUCUUCCCCUCUUCCUCUGUCCUUCUGUAAUUGAUCAGAAAGAUGCAACAAAGGAAGGUGCCACGCAUCUGUCCACUGCCCUUUCCUCCCCAGGUUGGUUAAUUAAACCCCAAACUGGUGCUUCUGGA